UAGGUAGCACUUUAGCUAGCAAAAGAGCAAACGUUAAAAUCGAGAUUGAAUGAAUGUCAGUGAUAGAGGCUGUGGCCAGCUGCCGCAGAAAGGAAAGUUGUUUUACUCAGUACUCCUUGUGUGUGACACUGACCCAAGCAGAAAUACGACUGCUGCACACUGACAAAAAAUAGGUUUAAAUUGUUGUGGAAGGGAAAGGUAAGAGAUACAUCUGUAGCCGUCCACAGACACACACACCAAGAAUUUCUGGUUAAGCAGGGCUUCGUGUUGGUGUAAACCGACGCUGUCCUGUGAGUGUGUGUGUCGGAGCAGACUGCUGUAAGGUGCGAGAAUGCAGCGGCUCACGGCACAGCUUGUCGCCGGUCUGGUCGCAGCGCUUCUGUCGCUGCUGACCAAGCACUGCGUGGCGAACGGCGGGGGCCCCAACCUCGCAGAGCGGGUUAUCUGGGCUGUAAAUGCCGGUGGUGAAGCACAUGUAGACGUACAUGGUAUUCAUUUUAAAAAGGACCCGUUGGAAGGAAAAGUUGGUAAAGCAUCUGAUUAUGGUGUACGCCUCCCAAUACUACGCUCCAGUCCAGAGGACCAGAUUCUGUACCAGACAGAGCGCUACAAUGAGGACACUUUUGGUUAUGACAUUCCCAUUCGUGAGGAAGGAAACUAUAUAUUAGUCUUGAAAUUUUCAGAGGUCUACUUUGCACAGUCGCAGCAAAAAGUGUUUGAUGUUCGCCUAAACGGCCAUGUGGUGGUAAAAGAUCUGGACAUCUUUGAUCGAGUGGGUCACAGUACUGCUCAUGAUGAGAUAGUGCCCUUCUCCAUUAACCGAGGCAAACUGACCGUGCAAGGAGAGGUGUCCACUUUUAAUGGCAAGCUCGCUGUGGAGUUUGUAAAGGGUUAUUAUGACAACCCCAAGAUUUGUGCUCUAUAUGUGAUGAAAGGGACUCUAGGAGAUGUACCAAAACUCCAACCUCACCCUGGCUUGGAGAAGCAUGAUGAAGGUGAGGACGACGACGAUGACGAAAGUGAAGGAGGUGAAGAGGGCGGCAAGAAGCCCGUCUUGUCUCGUUCCAAGAACAGGGUCCAAUCAGGCCCCAGAACACCAAAUCCUUACGCAGCUGACAACAGCAGCUUAAUGUUUCCUAUCCUUGUUGCUUUUGGGGUGUUCAUCCCAACACUGUUCUGCCUAUGUCGGCUGUGAGAAUGAAAACAAACAAGCAGAGGGACAGAGAGAAAUCGGGGCUUAAUGGACACAAGACGAUGAAGAGAAAAAGGGAGAAAGUGGGAAAGAAGUUGAGCUGACAACAGCAGCACAGGUAAAAACAUACAAACAAGAGAGAGGUGAAGAAGGCUGGGGGCAAAAAUUGGAACAGCAGAGGAUAAAGAGACAAAAAGCCACUGCCAGGUGAAGUAAACGUUACCUCUGGAAGAUGAGGAGACGCAGCAAGUGUGUGGCGUGAGAUUCUGCGUCUGUUUCGCAUCCACCUCUCUGCUGACCUUUUUUUUCUUCUUCUUUGUUUUUGAACAAUGUUAGUCAAUUUUACGCAGAGGUUGGGCAGGAUUUAUAGAUCCCAGUCUUCGUGGAUUAAAGCCACAUUUCUGUAGCUCAGAGCUCAGAAUUGAUGGAUAUGAACUCAAUUUUUUAACCCGGAGAGUUUUUUUACCGGGUGCCCUUCAGAUUGAGCGCGGUGGUGUUAAAUACAGGUUAAACUGAAUAAAAGUCAUCAAAGGUAAUGGUAAACUCUUUUCCCAUUUUACAGCUCCUUCCUUUUUUUUCACAAUGUAGUUGGCCUUUUUAUGGAUGUGCCAUCAUUUAUCUUCCAUAAGAAGCUGAAAGCCCCAAUUGUGCAACGGGCAGUAUAAGCACUGCCCACAUCUUCUCCUUUCCAUAAACAAAGAUUGGAUUUAUCUAGAAGAAUUAUCUUUGACAUUCUUCCACCUAAUAAUUUAGGUUGAAUAAAAAAUGUUUAAAAUGCUGUGUUUUUCCCUCAAAAGCUGGAUACAUUUUGAAAAUCAUGUUUAACCCUGAUAGGCUUUAAUAUUAAUAAUUGGUGCUUUCUUUUUUUUAUAUUUUUUUUUACUCUUAUUGCAUGCCUGCCUUUUUUGUGUCACUAAAAGAAUGCCUUUUUACUGUGUAAGAAAUGGAGAACACAGUGGCCUCUUUAUUUAAAAAAAUGAUUACAGAUAAGGUUUUCUGAACUGGACAAAAGUAGUGAUAUAGGCUCUGUAGGAAUUGAUAAAAGCAAUAGGUUAAAAUGUAUACAUUUUUGGUAUGUGAGAUUUUUCCUUCAAAAAAGCUUUUGAGUUAAGAAUGAUUUCAACUACUGAGCCAUAAACAGUUUCUCUAUAUGCAGAAAAGGCUAAUUAAAAAAGCACAAAAAUGAAUUAAAGCUGAAAAUUUUAUUUACCAAAUUUCAUCAACUUUUGUUCAGUUCUUCAAAUCUUUCAACCUUUUUAGUUCGGUUUUCUGACAACAUUCAUUUUGAUUUUGAAUCAUUUGUAGCUGAAUGGAAAGCAGUUUGUUAUUCGCCUUUGGCUAAGUUUUUCUUCACUUUAGCGUUUGUCUGUGAAAUUGCCUCCUUAAGUGCUUAGAUCUUCUCCAACAAGGAUGACUUUGCCUCCACCUGAAACCCUCCUUCACCUCACUAGUUCAGCUGUUCCGACUUGGAUAAGAAAAAACAAAAAUCCAGGAGCUGUGCGUCUUUCCUAACGAACUCUUUUUUUUUUUUAUAUACAUUUUUUGUCAUUCUCAUAAACGGUUUACUUGAUGUCUGCGAUGAAAUGUCUUUCUUUUGUACACAUCAAUUCAUUUUGAACUCAUGAGCACCUUUCUGUUUUUGGAAAAAAAAGUUUUGAUUUUUAGCACCAAAGUCACCAGUCUGGCUUUUCUACACAGUUGCAUGUGUAUAUACGGUACAGAAACACCAUUUUUGUUGCAUCAGUUGUCCUUCCAUUUGUUUUGUGUCAAAGUUGAUGUGUUAGAUUUUUUUUUCUGAAGACUUGUGGCCUUUCUUUUUGGGGAGAACGUGAACAUUUUUUUCAAAUUUAUUUUAUUUUUAUUUUUUUUACAGUCAGCCUCAUAAACUGACUGAUAAAGUCAAAUAAAUGAAAUUGUGAGACUGAACUAUGUGAUCUUCCAUUUUAUGAAAUAUAACUUAAAUUGGUGAGGGGCUGACCUGAUGUUUUAUAAUUUGUACAUUUUUUUUCUGCUCAGGAUCUCUGUCUUUUAAACCGUGAUAUUUUAUUAGUGUGACAUUUUGCACUGCUUGAUACAUUUUAAACUGAUUUUUUUUCUUUUGCUUUUUUCCUCGUCUUUGAUGCCUUGAUUUAUUGACUAAAUUGUGCUUUAUCCUAAUUGUUUGCCUUGACAUUUUUCUUGGAGGUUUAUAGUAAAGCAAGACUUUGUUUGUUUUUGAUCCUGUCAAAGUUUUCAUGGUUAUUUAUUCCACACAUUUUGACUUUUGACGAUAUAAGAUCAAGAAUUUUAAAUUUAAAAAUCAAAACUUAUUUACCUUGGCUGUUUCUUAAUUUGACAUUAAACAGGAAAAAAUGCCUUCUUUUUUUUAAAUCCAUCCUGAUUUGUCAGUUAUGCUGCAGUGGGAACUCAAAUAUUUAAAGUGUGUUUGUGAGUGUGGGUGCUUGUUUUGGUCACUUAAGAACCAAAGAAUUGUCCCCAUUUCAUCAAAGUGUUUUUACAGUGACCAACCAUUGUUUUUGAGAGGCUUUUUUUCUAUCAUAUAAAAAAAGAGGCUAAUAAACACAAUGAAUGUCAUGAGAUUUGGUUAAAAAUUAUUAAAAGCAAAUAAAAGCCAGUGAAUCUGUUGUGUUUUUAAUAGAAAUGUAUAUAUUUUUUUUCCUCUAAAAAUUAAUUCAAGGCCUAUUUGAAGUGGGAUGGUGGAACAUCCAGGCAGCAAAUCACACACUAAAAGAACCAUGUCGGGUUUUGAUUUAUCCUGUCAAACUGUAGAGACAUUUGUUGGAUAAAUCGUAGUUCUUCGGGAGCUUGAGGCAGCAGCCGGAUUGGGAAAAAAUUGUAAAACCUUUGAUCUUCUGCAUCACAAGUGGCAUACUGCUGCAAAACGGGGACAUGCUGAUUAAUACUGUCUUUUUAAUAAAUGUGCUAUUUUAUCAUAAAA